AAAAGCAUGGUGAUGGGAGAGCACAGUCGAGUUUCCAGCAGGCCAUCCUCGCCCAGUCUACAGGAUAAAGCAUUAAAAUCAGGAUGGUUAAAGAAACAGAGAAGCAUCAUGAAGAACUGGCAGCAGCGAUGGUUUGUCCUCAGGGGAGAACAGCUCUACUAUUACAAAGAUGAGGAAGAGAAUAAACCUCAGGGUUUGAUCCACCUGCAAGGGAGUCAAGUGAAUGAAUUCACAGCCAACCCUGAGGAACCUGGCAAACACCUGUUUGAAAUUGUCCCAGGGGGUGCUGGGGAUCGGGACCGGGAUCGGAUGGCUGUCAAUCAUGAAGCAUUCCUUCUUAUGGCAAAUUCUCAGAAUGACAUGGAAGAUUGGGUGAAAGCCAUUAGGCGAGUGAUAUGGGCUCCAUUUGGUGGAGGUAUAUUUGGACAGCGUUUGGAAGAUACGGUCCAAUACGAGCGGAAGUUUGGAAAGCGGCUUGCUCCCUUAUUAGUCGAACAGUGUGUGGACUUUAUCAGAGAGCAUGGCCUCACUGAAGAGGGCUUAUUCCGCAUGCCCGGGCAAGCCAACCUGGUCAAAGAACUCCAGGAUUCUUUUGAUUGUGGAGAAAAACCUCUAUUUGACAGGAACACUGAUGUCCACACGGUUGCAUCCUUGCUGAAGCUGUACCUGAGAGAGUUACCUGAGCCAGUGAUUCCAUUUGCCAAGUAUGAAGACUUCCUGUCAUGUGCACAACUGUUGGCUAAGGAUCAAGAAGAGGGUGUCCAGGAACUGAUCAAGCAGGUCACUAAUCUGCCUCAGGCCAAUUACAAUCUCCUGAAAUAUAUCUGCAGGUUCCUUGAUGAAGUUCAGUCAUAUUCAAGUGUUAACAAAAUGAGUGUCCAAAACCUCGCAACUGUCUUUGGGCCAAAUAUUUUGCGUCCAAAACUGGAAGACCCUGUAACUAUUAUGGAAGGUACGUCUCUGGUGCAGCAUCUAAUGACUGUGUUGAUCAGCGAACAUGACAGACUUUUCCCCGUUAGCCGCAGUGACCCACUGACCCCUCAGCUUGAAGUGACGUCGGUGGGUAAACGCUGUCUGGUGGAGUGGGUGUCCGAAGAGGAGUGUGGAGAGACAAGGACUGACAAUAACCAAGUGGGCAGCUUCUGCAACAGCGCAACCUCACUGGACGUGAACAUCAGCACUCCUGUGACUGUGUCCAAAAACGCAACUCAGGAACAAACCGACAAACAGGUUCCUACAAGCACCAGCCCAAGCAGAAGACUUCAGACCCUCCCUGGGUGGAAAUAUUCAUUUAAACAGACUGGGGGACGGUCCAGCAAUACUAAACUAAGUGGUUCGACUUUAGAUAUUCCUCACUUAACAGCCAGCGGGAAUUGGCUCAUGAAUGGAUUAUCGUCACUCCGAGGACACAGAAGGACUUCCUCCGGGGACAGAGUCAAAGAAACAGUGUCAUCCCGCCUGUCGACAUACGACAAUGUCCCAUCCUCAAGCCUUUCCUUGAGUGUCGGGGACAGGCAGAGCAUUGCUAGUACCGCAUGGUCAACGUCAUCCUGUGAGAUUUCAGUAGUUGAUUCCAGUAGCUCCGCAGUUUGCCGUGAGAGUGAUUCUUCGGUGCUCAACUGCACGAAGGCAGACUGGCCUGUGCAGGUGACCCAGCCAAGGGACGAAAUGCAGAAGGUGGAGACUGACAAUAGGAUCGAGCAGUUUGAUGUGUGCAUCAGCAGCAUGAGCUGCAGCGAGAACAGUGACUUGGUUACUGCAUCAAAUGACUCUGUCACGUGUUCGAAAGCACUUCAAAGUCUGAUCACAGAGCUCAAGUCAGAACUGACCAAACAAAGGGCAGAGUACGAAACCAGGAUUAAAAGGCUUGAAGGGUCUAGCACAGAGCUGCGAUUACAAGUAAACAGACUGGAAGAGGAGUUGGACCAAGGGAAGAAGAAAUACACCAUGCUUGAAAUAAAGAUGCGAAAUGCAGAGCGGGCACGCGAAGAUGCAGAGAAGAGAAACCUGCUUCUGCAGAAGGAGAUGGAGGAUUUCUUUGCCACGCUAGGAGACUUGACACUGGAAGCCAAGAAAACCAAACCCAAAUAGCAAAAUGUUGCAUUUCUCUUCUUAACACUGCAACAUGCAAGACCAUGAAGACACUGUUUACACACUUCAUUGACAUUUUAUAAGGAACGUAUGAAUUUAUUUUUAAUGUUAUGGAUUAAUGCAUUGUGAGUAUUAAUAGAUAAUUCCAUUUUGUACUACCUUGUUUUUCUUUAUGUUGGAAAGGCUUGUAGCUCCCACAGAUUGUUUACAUAUUCACUUCCUCAACAGCAUCUUUGGUGAUCGCUUUGUCUUCUGGAUUGAGAGUGUGCCACCCUUUCCUGAGAAAGAGUGGUGUAAUCUGAUUGGGGAGGCCUACUCCCUUGGUCCAACAGGCCUGGCAGGAGUUGCGUUUGUGUGCUCUCAUAUUUUGGGUGGACUCGAAAUAACGUCUCAAAUGAUAUUUGCACAAACAAUCAGACUGGACAGGGCUGAAUACAAGGCCAAGUCGGUCAGUCCUUCACGGUUUUUAGGGCCCACAGUAUCAAGUUUAUAUCUAAAUCGAGCAACUUGUUACUUUUAAAAAGUACCAGUUUAAGACAGACUGGACCAAUAGUAAACCUGAAUUAUAUUACCUGUUCCAUAAUGUCAAAACCCUUCAAUGGAUGUGCGGAAAUUACGAAUUUAUCAUUACUGCCACUUGAAUGCCAAGUUGACGUGGCAGUUAGUUCUCUGUUGGCCAUAAAAGAUUAGAAAUUAAUCUGAAAAGUACUUAAGUCUGGCAAAUUGUACUGGAACUUUAAGUGUAUUCUGCACUAGGUAUGUUGUGUAAGUCUGCCUCCUAGAGGCACAAACUCUCACAUAAAUUCACCAAAUUUGAUUUGUGUGCAAUGUUAUCUGAAAGUGUUUGAGAGUGAGAAGCUGAUGUCACUUGGCCUUGAGAGAAACUGAUGAGAAGUUGAGAUUGAGCCCAAUCUGUAGAGGCAGGAAUUGAGAGAGGAAGGAAGUGAUUAGGAGACAGGUUGACUGGGCUAAGAAUUGAAACGAAGGACUAUCUCAGUCAGUCAGUCAUGAGAAAGCCUUUGUGAAAUGAUGCACGAAUUCAGCAUCAUAAAACCUGUCCUGCUAUGGGGCUCUUGGCUUGGAGGUAGUGAUGCUACCACUGUGCCACAAAGGACUGGGUUCAAGUCCUACCUGCUGCAGAGGCAGGUCAUAACACAUCUGAACAGAUUGAUUAAAAAUAUCUAAAAUUGCCACUCUUUGUUUUCUUGUCUCAUUUGUUCACGCUAAGAACAAUUGUGCUGGAUUUCUGGCCCCUAAAAGCUGCAGGAAUAUCACUGCAAUUUACAUCUCACCAGAGCAAUUCCAGUUUAUCCAGUCGACAAUAAAUAAAUAAAUAGAUUGUGUCUUCAAGCCGUGUAGAAAUUUGAAAUAAAAGUGAUAGGGAUUUUGAAGCGAAACAAAACAAAAAAAAAAUCAGCUUAAUAUUCCUCACUGCUGAGCACAAACUCCUGAUUGCAUGUACUGCAAACCAAAAGUAAAUAUUAAUCUUUUAAAAUUAAGGCAAUGUUUGUAACGUUCUCCCAUCUCCUUUCACAGCCACUGACCUAGCCAGGUCAAAGGUGACAACAUGCAUGCAGGAUAUUAUAAUGAGGUAGAAAACUCAGGAGAUAAAUGCCCAGUGUAAUGAUUUUCUCAUUUCUGUCUUCUGUUCUACUUAGUUAAUCUUGGGGAGGCACGGUGGCUCAGUGGUUAGCACUGCUGCCUCACAGCACCAGGGACCCGGGUUUGAUUCCUC